AGAUUUCUAGUACGGAAGUGCCAGCGUAAGCAUAGGUUAUAAUGUAUAUACAGGAUUUAUGAUAAAAUGAUUUGUCUUGGACAUGAAGUGACGCGUUUAUUGCGAAACAACCAAAUGACAAAUCCAAAUGACUGAUACCUUUUGCUAGUUUUACUUUCUAUGUAAAUCUAUCCUGAGAACGGAGAAUACAUAGUGGUUUGUCAAGAUUUGCUGUUUGUAACAGCCAAGGCGAAAGCCCAAGUAGCACGCCUAUAUGUACAUUAUCGGUUCACAGCUGUCAGUUUACAACACGUGGGUCGAUGAGAGCCUUGACCUUGGAUGCUCUGACGUCAUAUAAUGUCGACGACCGUCCCCGUGAGUUCGUUCAUUUCAUUGGCUUAGAAUCACCACACCUCCAGCUCGAGCAGACGGAACAAUGGCGGCAAGAGGCCGUUUGCUGUGUAGAUCGGCUGGAAUAUGUGAACGAUAUAUGAGAUGCCCUUUAUCAUGCCGAUUCGCUGAAACACAGAGCCUGAAGAAGAAGCUACACACAAGUGCAUGUCAUCACGGUAACAGUUAUGGGUUUCUCUUUGACAUCGAUGGAGUCAUUGUUCGGGGCAAAAAAUUGCUUCCGUCAGCUAAAGAGGCCUUUGCACUUCUCACCGAUACACAAGGAAAUUUCAAAGUUCCAGCUUUGUUUGUAACAAAUGCUGGAAACACACUUCGACAAAACAAGGCAAAACAGCUUAGUGAAUGGCUAGGCAUUAAGGUAACAGAAGAACAGGUGGUGAUGUCCCAUAGUCCCCUGAGGAUGUUCACUCAGUUCCAUGACAAACACUGCCUAAUAUCCGGCCAAGGGCCUCUCUUGGAGAUUGCCCGUAACCUCGGCUUUACACGGGUCACCACAGUGGAGACCCUCAGAGAGUGUUAUCCUCACCUAGACAUGGUUGACCACUCCAAACGGAGGGGAGCUCCAUGUGCUUUUAGAAAUUACUCACCCAAGAUUGAAGCUGUGAUAUUAUUUGGGGAACCAGUGAGGUGGGAGACAAACCUGCAGCUAAUUAUUGACGUCCUUAUCACAGCUGGCUACCCAAACAGCGCUAUAAAGGAAAUCCCUUACCCUCACCUCCCUGUCCUGGCCUGCAACAUGGACUUGCUUUGGAUGUCAGAGGCCAGUCUACCCAGGUUUGGUCAUGGCUGUUUCCUACACAGCCUAGAGUCACUAUAUCAGAAAAUCACAGGGCGUGAGUUGAAGUACACAGCUCUUAUAGGAAAGCCCAGUGAGAUAACAUAUCAUCACGCAGAUUACCAGUUGAGACAGCAGGCGAAGGCUUUGGGGAUGAAUGGUAUCAAAAGCAUCUACUGUAUAGGAGAUAAUCCAGAAACUGACAUCUAUGGUGCCAAUCUGUACAAUAGAUACUUGCAGAAAAGAGUGAUGUCAAUGAAGAAACGUGCUGCAUCACAGGCUGUGAUGCAUCAGAGCCAGCAAGCAGUGUCUUGGCAAGGUGGACCUCACCUGUCCUCCUCGACAACGGUCACCACGGCGACAGAGGAAGAGGAGGACAGUGAUGAGGAAGCGGAACUGAGAUUGCAACAGGAGUUCUUCCCAGGCGGCGACUCUCAGACAGAGGAGUUUGCGGAGCACUGCGAGUCCAUUCUUGUCUGCACAGGUGUGUUCAGCUCAGACUGCGACUAUGUGACUAUACGAGGCACCCGGCCCUCCAACCACAACCACAGAGACUUUGUUAUAGACCAUGAACUCAAACAGCCCAAGUUUGUGACACACAAUGUGUUGGAAGCAGUGCAACUGGCCAUUGAGAGAGAAAGCCAAGCCUCAUGAUGGCAGCUUUAAAUUUAGGAGGAUUGAAUCCAUAUUUUAGUAUGUCUACCUUAGUAAUACAAACACUGUAGCUUUUCUGUAUAUUUCGUGAUGUGUGUGUAAGACAGCAUCUGUUACGUUUUUUAUGUAAAUAAGUGUGUACAGAGCAGUACCGGUACUAGUAAUUUUAUUACUAGCCAACAGGAACACCUACUUUUAUAUGGACAGUAUAUUUAGCUAUGUAAAAAAUGCAAUUGACAAGAUGUAUAUACUGAUAGGAUAUUUGAUAUACACGUUUGCUUGGUACUAUAUAUACACAUAGUUUGGGAGGUAUAUUUAAUAUCAAGAUGGAGUGACUAUAAAAGUGUUUUCCUGAAGGCUGGAGACCGAUAUGAGCACUAUGUACAGGUGCAUAGAUUGUUUGAAGAAAUGAAUCAUGCAUUUGUGAUUUUAGAAAUACAGUGGUUUGAUGUUUGUAGACUGAAGACUGCUGUGAUGUGCAUUUUGUCACCACAGGGUGACUUUACUUUACAAAUUCACAUUCAAAUCAUGAUACCAGUGAUCUUCAAUAUAAACAAGGUAGUAUAUUUAUUUAAGAACUGUCCAUGGCCAUUAUAGUGUGUUGUCUUUCACUGCUGUACAUAAAGUUGUGUCGCUGCCAUUCUUUCAUAGAUGUUUAUAUACAUGUUUGUCUUCUACUUUAGUGCCAGCAUGCUACUCCAUCCAUAUUGUAUAUGUAUUGUGAGCAUUAGCCCAUUUGUAUCAGUGGCCCUUAAUUUGGAGUCGCGUGGAGGCAGGGAAUGUUGCCAUGGAGAAUUCUGCAUCCAUUAGUUAAACAGGUGAUUUUGAACAUGAGAAACAAUCAGUAAUUGCUUAGGUCUCUGGUGUGUGGUCUUGUACAUGUACAUACAAUCUUAUGGCUGUACUCGGAAUGCACUACAAGAUUCAACUUGAAAUAAUGCCUCAUUAUCCUACUUGUACAUGAACUUGUAUUUUAAACAUUUUAUCAGUUUAACAAACUCUGCCCUGGAUCCUCCCACCAUAGUACAGUCAAAUAAAUAAAUAAGCAAUCAUUUCAGCAACAACGCUAUUUUUAAAAACUUAACACUAGGCAUCUAGAGGUUUUGCGAGACUAUUUGUUCCUUUCUCCACUGGGUCAUUUUACACCUUCAUUUCUGUGGACCCUCUCACACUGCCAUUUAUCCUCUUUUGGUUUGCAUUAUUUACUUCUAUUUUUAGUUUUAAGUGAAAACAUUUAUCUUCACAUGUAAUGUCUAAAAAGUGGGCCAUAUAGAAAUAUAUAAGUGGGUAAUAUAGAAACACGAGAUACUUAGACUCGAGUACUGUUUUUGUACAGUCACCAUGAACACAAUCAUGUAUGAAAAAACCCUUCAGCUGAAGAUCUCUGACAAGAGCAUACAUUAUCAUAGCAAAUCAGAUACAUGUAUGUGCCUGUUGCAAUUCAGCUGUGAAUUAUCCACAGUUAUAACUGGAUCUCACUGCAACGCGAGCAUUUCCUUGGGUGUUAACCAAGGACCAGAAGCUCCUUUACAUUGUGAGAUUUAUUGGUCGUAUUUUAUUACUUGCAGUUACAUUUUAGAAAUCUCACUUUGUCCUCUCUGCUUUUCUGUUGUUUAAUAGUACUCUGAGAUUAUUUACAAAUCUAUGGUUGACUUUCCUUUCAGUUCAGCAUGAUUGGAAGUUGUUUGGAUAGAAGUAAUGAUAUUUGCUAUGUCCAAAUGAAAAUGAACUUGCAUUAAUGUGUACAUCUGACCCCAUCAUUUGGAAGAUUCUAGGUUAUAUUAUAUGAACAUGUGUAUACAUUGAUCUUAAUAUUACCUCCACAAGUGUCACUAUUUUAUGUUAAGGAGUGCACAAUAAUAAAUUACCUGGUGAUAUAACGGUACUGCAGGAAACAGGUACAUGUCUUUCUCAACAGAUUGUUAAGAAUGUAGUGUGUUUGUGUGAAAUAGAGGUGAUGA